AUAGAUACAUUGGUCCAGUGGAGGCCAUAGAGAGUAGCAUCUCACGCUAAGCACAAGAGAGAUGGGUUACUUCCUUCUUUUCCUGCUCGCCUUCCUUGUUUCCUUUGCCUCAGGGAGCGACCUCCUCGGGACCCAAUGCUUUAACACCGGUGCGAAUUACUCAGCAAGCAUCCCUACUGUGGAAGGGAUGCUUCUUUCCCAGAUAGCCAAGCACGGCGGUUACGCCACCGCCUCCUCUGGCGGCGGCUCCUCCGCCGUCUACGGCCUCCUGCAAUGCAGAGGCGACGUUAGCCUCAAUGACUGCAUCUCAUGCGGAAAAGAUGCAGCCAACCUACUGCGGACCCAGUGCUCCAACCAAGCGGACGCUCGUGUCUGGUACGACUUCUGCUUCCUACGCUACGACACGGAGAACUUCUUCGGCAAGUCCGACUCCGGUGCCGUUAUCCUUUACUGGAACGUCAACACCGUAACGGACACGGCCAUGUUCGAGCGGAAGCUAAAGGGCGUCAUGGACUCCGUGAGGGGCCAAGCUCUGAAGCCCAAUAGCGGCGGCCUCGGCCGUGACAAGGUGAAGCUGUCGCCGUUCAAUGAGCUCUACGGGCUGGCUCAGUGCACCGGAGACUUGCCGACGGCGCAAUGUGAGAGCUGCCUGGCGGAUGCGUACACCUACUUCCAGGACAAUGGCAGUUUGUGCAAGGAUCAGCAAGGCUGCAGGGUGCUGUCCAAUGGAUGCUACGUGCGCUACGAGAUUUACCCUUUCUACUUCCCUCUCUACUCCUCGCCCAAGCCCACUCCCGUUUCUCACGCCUAUCUUUCUGGAAGGAAGAAAGUUCAUUAAGCAUGCAACUUGUAUGCACUUACUUAGUUUGAAUCGAGUGUUUGAAUAAAGAAAGGGGCCACACGAACUUCUGGUCCUAGCUAGGCUACUCUUUCAUGUUAUCCAUCUCGAGGGAAUCAUCCCCUAUAGUGAAGUAACUUUGAAUUGUCGUAAUAAUUUGAAUACGUUAUGUACUUUUGAAUUU